AUGGGAGAAACAGAGAAAGAAUUCGCCGAUGCCUCCCACGUCAAUGAUAUCGAUGCUGCGUCUUCAGAUGCAAUUCUUCUCGCCACAGCGGCUGACACUUCAACUUAUUCGCCAUGGUCCUUGCCAAUGUUCCGCCUGUAUGGCGUCUUGUCUAUUGCCUACCUUUGUGGAUGUUUGAAUGGAUUUGAUGGAUCUUUAAUGGGAGCUAUCAAUGCUAUGACACCUUAUCAAAAUUAUUAUGGAGUUGGUUCCACAGGAUCGUCAACUGGGCUUGUGUUUGCAAUCUACAACAUUGGGUCCAUUCCCGCCGUUGUACUUACUGGCCCUGUGAAUGAUUACCUUGGCCGUCGCGCAGGGAUGUUCACUGGUGCAGUCAUUAUCAUUCUUGGCACUUGCAUUCAAGCUCCUUCAGUGAACAUGCAUAUGUUCAUCGCUGGUAGAUUUCUGCUUGGGUUUGGAGUCAGCUUCUGCUGUGUCUCUGCGCCAUGUUACGUCAGUGAAAUGGCCCAUCCUAAAUGGCGGGGAACUAUCACUGGCCUAUAUAACACGUGUUGGUAUAUUGGCUCAAUUAUUGCCAGCUGGACUUGUUACGGGAGUGCGUUCUUGAAAUCAAACUGGGCAUUUCGCAUUCCAAUCUGGUGUCAACUUGUCUCAUCUGUUAUUGUCGCUGUCGGAGUGUUCUUCCUCCCAGAAUCACCCCGCUGGCUCGUCGCUCAAGAUAGGGUGGACGAGGCUCGUGCUAUUCUCGCAAAAUACCACGGAGAAGGUCGGGCCGAUCAUCCCAUCGUCAACCUCCAGAUCUCGGAGAUGUACUAUCAGAUUCAGACUGACGCUUCAGACAAGCGCUGGUGGGACUAUAGCGCUCUGUUCAAGACCCGCAAUGCUCGCUCUCGGCUUAUAUGUGUGAUGGGCAUGGCCUUCUUUGGGCAGUGGUCUGGCAACAGUAUCGCCUCAUAUUACCUUCCCGAGAUGAUGAAAACUGCUGGAAUUGACAACGAACAUACGCAGUUGCGAUUAAACGGUAUCUACCCAGUCCUCUGUUGGUUUGGUGCCGUCUUCGGUGCCCGCAUGACCGAUCGAAUUGGACGUCGACCCCUGCUCAUCUACUCAAUCCUAUUCUCAGCCAUCUGUUUCGCCAUUAUCACAGGAACGACCAAGAUUUCUGUCGAGAACCACAACAAAAUGGCGACAAAUGCAACAAUCACUUUUGUCUAUCUUUUCGGGAUUGUAUUCAGCUUCGGUUGGACGCCAUUACAAAGCAUGUAUAUUGCAGAAACCUUACCUACCGAGACUCGAGCAAAAGGCACAGCACUGGGCAAUUUUGGAUCAAAUGUUGCGGGCACCGUCGUCCAGUAUGCUAGCGGACCGGCCUUCAAACACCUCACGUUUUACUUCUAUUUAGUUUUCGUGGCUUGGGAUCUCAUCGAGGCCGUCGUUAUUUACUUCUUCUUUGUUGAAACCAAAGAACGCACUCUGGAGGAACUUGAGGAAGUAUUCAGUGAUCCACAUCCGGUGAAAAAGAGUCUUCAAAAACGGUCAGUCAAUACUGUUGCUGCUACUGUUGGGGCUUUGGCUGGAAAGUCUGUUGAGGCCUAG